AUGUACCGCAUCAUUUCGGAAGCUAGUUUGGAGAACCGCAAUGCUCGAUUGUUCGCUGUGAUUUCAUUUGUUGUUGAGUGUUGCAGCCGAUUCCCGACCACCGGUGGCCAGAGCUUUCAAAAGUUGCAUAAGGAGGUCCUUCAGGACUCCGAAUGGUACGGGCCGGAGGCUGCGGACCACGCGGUGUCGCCUGCCGCUGCUGCCGCAGCCCCAGCUGCUGCAGCCACUCGCGAAGACGUGCGCCUCAUCACGAGCUUCACGAAGUACCUCACGAAGCACAAAGUAGAGCUUUCGGUGUUGUUCUGCAGCGAGGCGGUUCUCUCAGCGGACAGCCGGGCGGUUUGCGACCCGCAGGCUGCGCAUCAACUGGAGGGCGCGGUGGCUGCGGCCCAGCAGGAGCUAGUCCGUGAGCGGGUGGCGUCGGUUUCGGAGCAUCAGCUGCUGGGCCUGGUCGCGAGUCCGUUGGUGGAUGCCUUACUGGCGGCCAUGCCGGAAUGGACCCAUGGGUCAGUUUGGGAGCUGGCGGGCUGGGAGCCUGCGGAGGGCGUACAGGCGACGGCUGAGGAUGUGGCGCUGCUCCACUGCUUCGGCACGCUGGUGUACGCCUCCCGGCUAGACGUGGCGGUGUUCCUGCGGCAGCUGUGUGGCGCAGAUCCCUUCUCCUGGACUAUGGCUCAGGUUGCCCAGGGUGUGGUUCCGGAGCCUGAGCCUUGGCUACUGGAGCGCUUUUUCAUGAGCAAGCAUACUGUGGGUGAACCGCUGCCGCUGUGGUUUGCUAAGUGGGGCGUCCGCGAGGAAAUCAUCCAGUGGCUGCAGGGAGAGCAGGCAGCCCGGUUCGUACAGAACUUGCUGGAGACCCGUGGCCUUGGCGGCGCCGCCAGCAUGACGGCGGUGACCUCAGUCCCGUCCGCCGCGACUGUGAAUGACCUUUCAGCAGCUUUGGACCUGCUGGAAGGCUCCGUCGGGAGCCUUAUGGCUUCCGCCUUGUUACGGCAGGGCCUCGCGGCGACGCCGGAGGCUACGCCAGCCACCGGUAACGCCGCCGGCACGGACCAGGAAGGGCUUAUGGCAGCGCUGGUGGCAGUUGCCGUACAGUUGCCGUACGGCGGCGGUGCCGCCGGCGACGUGACGGUGACGGCAGGGUUGUGCAACCGGCGUUACGUGGCCCAGCUAUUCCAGCGCACAUACAUUUUGACGUGCAUGAGCCACAAGGAGUGGAAUUAG